AGGGUGACAUUGCCAACACCCCUAGACCUCCACGAGGUGUUCACUCCCGACAUCAGGGUUUGGUGCUGAAGUGGGAUUGCCAAGUGUCCUUUCACGGGAUGAAUUCUGGAAACCACAGUUCUGCUCUGUUCCCCUGAGUGCUUCCUGAUUAAGAGUUCACUCCUGAUCUGAUUGCCCACUGGGUUCUGCUGCCACGGACUGCUUCACAUCGGAUUCUGGGAGACCCCCCACUGCAAAUUCUCUCUCCUUCCUCCCCAUAUUUCAGGUGGGAUCCACGCCUUCUGAGCUUCUUGCUGGUGUACCGUCAUCGCUCGCCAUGAGGCUGAUGCCAGGGAGCAACUCCUCCACCCUGUGCCUCCUGGGAGUUCUGUUCUUGCUCCCGGGCCCCGCCAACCUCCUGGGUUGCAAUUCCCCGCCCCAGAUCGCACAUGGACACUACAAGGAUGUUAGUGGACUCCUGUCCAUCAGCACCGUGGUGCAGUAUGAAUGCAAGGAAGGCUAUGUGCUCGUCGGAGCAGCCAUGGUGUCCUGCAGGUUCUCAUACUGGUCAUCUUCAGCGCCUCAGUGUAAAGCUCUGUGUGCAAAACCAAAGAUACUCAAUGGAAAGCUGUCUGUGGAGAAGGAUCAGUAUAUCAACCCUGAAACCAUUACUGUCCUGUGUGACCCUGGCUAUCGGAUGAUCGGAUCACAGAAAAUCUCCUGCUCAGAGAAUAAAUCUUGGAGCCCUGCUGUGCCCAAGUGUAAACAGGACAUCCCUGAAGAUCGUGAUUUAGUCCUGGCAGGCAGGAAGCUCUUCCAGUGUCUUCCAAACCCCGGGGACUCCAAAGUGGCCCUGGAGUUACAGAAGCUUUCUCUGCAGAUUGAAAAGCUGAAGCAGGAUAGAGACAAGGCAAAACUCAUUUAACAUGCCUUCCCAUAAGAAGAUGGAGGAAAGAUGCUUUUCUGUACCAUUCUAGAAAGAAAAAUAUCAGUUUAUCAACUCUCUACCUAAGCCUCAUCAUUUAUUGCAAUAAAUCCUUGGGCAAAAUUUGCUGAUGGACAUAGUGAUCCUGGAAUAUGGAAUUAUUAAUAAUUUACUCUGUUAUCUCCCUGCUUAAGAUUAGGCAUUUCUGGAUUUGCUGAGCUCGCUGAAAUAACUACCUACCUUUAAGUUUCC